GAUGCGAGGGUCCUGGGGCAGAGGACGUCGGAUGUAGAUUGUAAACUUGUGAUUUUGGUCUAUACAAAAUGACUAGAAUAUGAUUUAAUUGAAUACAAAGGACACGCUCGAGGCAGAGGGCGUGGCCGCGAGCGCUGACGCUUUGUGUUUAGGUCGAACAGCGCAGCAAACAGUCUGUACGGUAAUCUGUGAGACCUUCACACUGAGGACCAGGAACGUGUGCCCGAGUGUCACCCCGGCCUGGGUGCCAUGGUCCUCCGUUACACAUGAGCUCUACUAUGUGGUACAUCAUGCAAAGCAUUCAAAGUAAAUACUCCUUGUCUGAGCGGCUCAUCCGCACCAUCGCAGCCAUUCGCUCAUUCCCACACGAUAACGUGGAGGAUCUCAUUCGUAAGGGAGCUGAUGUGAACCGGAUGCAUGGCACACUGAAGCCCCUGCACUGUGCCUGUAUGGUCGCUGAUGCUGACUGUGUAGAGCUGCUGUUGGAGAAGGGCGCAGAGGUGAAUGCUUUGGAUGGCUAUAACCGAACAGCACUGCACUAUGCAGCAGAGAAGGACGAGGGCUGCGUGGAGCUGCUGUUGGAGUACGGGGCCCUGCCAAACGCCCUGGACGGCAACAAGGACACUCCACUUCACUGGGCCGCCUUCAAAGAUAACCCAGAGUGUGUGAGGGCCCUGCUGGAGAGUGGGGCCUGUCCCAAUGCCAGGGACUACAACAAUGACACGCCUUUGAGCUGGGCAGCAAUGAAGGGCAACCUGGAGAGCGUCAAAGUGCUAUUAGACUACGGAGCCCAGGUCCACGUGACCAACCUGAAGGGCCAGACACCUAUCUCCCGACUGGUGGCCCUGUUGGCCCGGGGCCUGGGCACUGAGCAGGAGGAGGAGUGCUUGGACCUGCUGUGCCGGGCGGCGGGGCGGUUUGAGAUCCGACGGGCCGAUGGCACCCUUCCCAGGGAGCUGAGUAAGGAUCCCCAGCUGCUGGCGAGGCUGACCAACAUGGUGGCUCAGGCUCCCACGCUUCGCUCUCUGGCACGCUGUGCUGUUCGUCAGAGUCUCGGAGUCCAGUUCCUCCCCACUGCUGUAAAAGAACUUCCUUUACCAGAGACGAUCAAAGACUAUUUACUGCUGAGAGACUGAGGUGAUGUAACCAUCAGGGAGCUCUCAGGCCUCACUGGCUGAUAAUUGGACAGCUCAUCACGCAGCAUUUAUUUGGCAAAGAAGUGUCUCCAUUGAAUUAUAGGAUAGUGUCUGACAGUGGCCCUCAUUUAUCAAACCCUGCAAAUUUAUGCCCCAUGAGAGAUGUACAGACCAGUCCAAGUCUUUUUUAUUUUGUAUUAUCUAGUCCUUGAACAACAUCUAAAUAAGCAGUCUGAAGUCUGAUCAGUUUCCAGCUGUUCACAAAGAGCCAGUCCGUCUUUGACAUUUUAAGUAGGCUUAUUAUAUUAUUUUUUUUGUAUGCAAAAUGUACAAUAAGUAUAAAGUAAGCUACAUUUUAAUGCUUAAAAGUAAUGUCAUGGUUUGUCACAGAGCAUGAGGAAACUCUUAAAUGUUGAGUUUGGUGGUAAAAUUAGUCUAUCCUCAUUGUAAGAUUAGAUUUAAAUGUGUAAUAGAUUUAUGAAUAGCGGCUAAUGUCUAAUGAUGCAGGCUGUCCGGUGCUUCUGUCAGAGGAUGCAGUUCCUGAAGUAGAGCUCGGGAACAGAUUUUCACGUAUAUGGUAGUUGGAGUGGCCAUCGUUCUCUCAAUGACGUCCCAGUGAACUUGCAAUGCAAUACUCUUUGCAGUACCAAGGAAAAAUGAAAAGUAAAACAAAAAAAACACUUUAAUCAGGACAGAAAAGGUUGUGCCAGAAGGGAACAGUUGUAUUUGUUAUGUAGACGCAACACAAUGUUGCAGAAUAUUAUCAUUGGUUUCACAAAAUGUGCCGGGCACACUAAUCUUGCCUUCGUCUAGCCCUCUGAACAUGCCUGCUUACACAUGUGAUUUACCAUUUAUUUGGGCUUUAUUUUAAUGAAGGAUGCCGUUGCCAAGAAGAAAUCAAAUGUUUUUUUACAAUGGAUCUUUUCAGUCUUAACUUUCUACGGUUUUGGUUUUCACAGGAGCUCGCUGGUCUAACAUUUUGCUGCAUAUGUUUGAAAAGUACUUUUUUUUUUUUUUUAGUUUAAAUUCAAUGUUUAAAUGUAGAAACAUGAAAUGGAAUGAUUACUAAGUUUUUGUCCUUUAAAGAUUCACUAAAUGAGCUUGGAAGAUGCGUUUACGUUUGUUAUGCCAUCUGUCUGAAAUCUAACAAUUUCUGUGCUUGGUUUUGUUUUCUUCUUCUGCCGCUGUAAGAGUUAACGCCUAAAGUAACGUCUCGUGUACUCCUGCAAAGGUGCUUUUUUUUCUUUGUCAAUGAAAGUAAAUGCCUUUUAUAUUC